CGAUCGGAUUAAACUCGAUUUGAGUGAAAUUAACACAAAGGAGAGAAGAAGCGACGCACACACCAGUCGGCGAGGUCGCGGAUGCGAGACACGCCGGAGAAAUAUUUCAUGAAAAACAAACUUGAACUUUUUUUUUUUUUUCCUCCUCCUCUGCUUUAUCUCUCUCUCCGCGUCUGUUUAUUUAUAUUUCAAACGAAAAAGGGACCACGGUGGAUUUUUUUUUUUUUUCUUUUUCUCCUUCUUUCAAAGCAAGCCAGCGGAGAUACAAACCCCACUAACGAGGAGUUGAUUUGAUAAAAAAAAAAAAGCCCGAAGUGACCGAGCUUGUUGGGAACCUUAAUGAGGACCAUGGAGUAGCAAGCUUCAAAUUAGCAGCUAGCUGAUUAGCUCCGUACUGCACAACACACCUCCCUCCAUCCAGUCCCCUCCAUCUGUGGGCCCCCCACCCCACCACAGGCAUGGCGGACCCAGGGAUGUUGAGUUUAUUCGGGGACGAUGCAGGGCUGUUCUCAGAUGGAUUAGAUGAUUUAGGAGACUGCUUUCCUCAGCAGCCUACCCCUGCUCAGUCAAACCCUCUAGCCCAGCAGACUAAUCCCUCUCUGAACCACGAGCACCAGGGAAACAGGGGCUACCACCAGGGGAUGAUCCACGGAGCUGGGCCUGGCCCAGGGCAGCCUAAAUUAGGGCAAAUGUACGACCACGGCCCCUACACAGGCUACGAUCAACCGGGUGCCCCCGGAGGACGAAUGAUGGCCCAGAAUGGCCCCAGCCAGGGGACACCAAACGUGAAUACAGCCAUGAAUGGCAUGGCUUCCCACUACCAUAAUAACCCAACUAACUCUAGCAACCCACUCCAUGGGUACCCGGGUGAUGCUGGAGGAGGAGCAGGAGGUGGCGGUGGAGUGUGGGGGCAGCAGCAGAGCAGAUCAGCUUAUCAGCAGCCCCCAACACAACCCGGGGCCGGCCCCAACCAGAUGGGGGGCUACCAGAUGUCUCAAGGAAACUAUGGUGGGAUGCAAGGCCCACCUACACCCAAUGCAACUCGCAUUAACCAACACUACCCUCCACAGAGCAUGGCACCCCCUCCUGCUCAGGACCCAUCUCACUACCUGGGACAUGUUGGAAUGGGGGGGACCCAGAUGAGACACCCCCAGCCCCAGACACAACCCCAGGGCUAUCCCAACAUGGGCCACACACCCCGAUACCCACACUCCCCCUCCCGACAGCCUCCACACACCCACCAGCACCAACAAGGCAUUGCGGGGUUUGCAGGAGGCCAGUACUCUGGUUAUCAGGCCCAGUAUGGAGCCAUGGGACCUGGGAUGGCUCAGGGUCCUAAUGCUAAUGUCAGUGCUAACACCAGCCAGGCCAUGGGACCAGGGCAGCUUGGCCAGAGGUUCAACCAGGGAACAGGCCCAGCAGCCGGGCAACAGGGGCAGCGAUACCCCCCUGGACCGCAACAUCAACCCCAGCCCCAUCAGACCCAUUCUGCCCCGAUGCAGCAGCAGGCAGGGCAGCAGGGCCAGCCUAUGCACCCCCUAAACCACCCCCAGAAUCUGCCCCAGCCAUCAAACCAGCCCCAGUCCCACCUUGCCCCCCCAGCUCAGGGAUCUUACCCCUCCACCCCAUCUAUGUCCCCCAUGCGGGUUUUGGGAACCCCAACACCUCCUCCUCAACAGGGCAGACCCCCUAGCGCAGGCCUAGCUGGACCCCCAGAGGUUGCAGGGUACACAGCCCUGCAGUCUCCACCCAAUUCUAUGGCUCAUCCACAGAGAACGCCCCAAACCCCUCUAUCCGCCGCCCACCCCCAACACCAGCAGCAACUCAACAUGCCCCCCAACGCAGGGCAGAUGUAUCCCAGCAUGGGGCCGCAGCGUGGACCACAGAUUGGUCCAAAUAGACCCCCGCUCCAACAGCAAGGCCCCCAUGAAGCUCCAGUCAGCCAGGGGGGAGACCAGCGUCUGCUCCAGGCCCAGCAGCAGGCCUCUCGGAGCGGGCAGCCCCUGCAGCCGGCUCCCAUGGGUUUCCAGGGUCCGCCUGUUAUUCAACAUGGAGUUCCGGCCCCAAUCCAGGGCUUAGCGCCACAAGCCCAGAACACUCAGCCUCAGCACACGCACCUGCCCCCCCACCCCCAGCACCUGCAGAGCACGCCCCCUCCCCCAAAUCAGGCCUCCCACCCAUGGGCGCCUCCCGCCUCCCACCCGCUCUCCUCACCCCCUCUCACCCCACAGAAAGUGCCUCACGUACAGCAUUCCCCCAUCGACCCGUCAGGUGAUGCCUCAACGAUGGCUUCUGACAGGCCGACAGUUGGCGCCGGCGCCCCCGGCCAGCCUAUCAGCACAGAGCAACCCAGCGACCAGGAGACCAAGCCAAAAAAGAAGAGGAAGAAGAAAUCAAAAGUAAUGGAUGGAGAGGAACAAGAGGGAGGAAAGAAGGCAGCAAAAAAAGGCGCAGGAGGUGAGGAAGACGUCAAGUCCGAAUUUCCCGGGACAGGAAGUGAUGCGGGUGAACAGGUUACUGGCACAGGAAUUGUGGAGGGAAGUUCGCCGCCGGUGGAGGAGAAGAAAAAGCGGAAAAAGAAACCAAAGGAGAAGGCGGAGGGCAAGGAGCCCAAAGAGCCCAAGACCCCGAAGACGCCCAAAACACCCAGAACCCCCAAAGAGCCCAAGGAGCCCAAGGAGCCCAAGGAGAAGAAAACCAAGAAUUCCACUCCCAAGACCAAGACCCCCAAGAAAACCAGCAGUAAAAAGGUUGAGUCCGAGGGCGGAGCUACCGCUGCUAAAAAGGAUCCCAAGAGGAAGAGAGAGUCAUCAGUCAGCGACGACGUGGAGGUCAAGUCUCCACUCCCCUCACCACCUGAAGAGGACGAUGAUGACGGUGUACAGAAGCGUCGUUCUAGCCGUCAGGUGAAGAGGAAGAGGUACACCGAGGAUCUGGAGUUUAGGAUCUCAGAUGACGACAGCGGAGAUGACUCACCAGCACCUAAGUCCCCAUCGUCAUCACAACAGCAGGACGUAGCUGAGGCUGAAGGGCCCGUUGUGGAGAAGAUCAUGGGCUUGCGCACCACCAAGAAAGAGCGGGAGUCGGGGGAGGAAAUGGAGGUGGAGGAGUUCUAUGUCAAGUUCAAGGGCUUUUCGUACCUCCACUGCCGCUGGGCAGACCUGGAGGAGCUGGAGAAGGACAAGAGAAUACACCAGAAGAUUAAGAGGUUUAAGGCCAAGCAGCAACUCAACAGCUUCAUAACUGAGAUGGACGAUGAGCCUUUUAACCCAGACUAUGUGGAGGUGGACCGUGUCCUGGACGUUUCAGAGAGCACAGAUGAAAACGGAGAGACGGUGACCUUAUAUUUGGUGAAAUGGUGCAGCCUGGCCUACGAAGACUCCACAUGGGAGCUGAAGGCUGACAUCGACCAGUCCAAGAUAGAGGAAUACGAACGCAUCGCUGCACGCACACCCAACACUAAGAGAGUGGAUCGGCCUCCUGCAGCCGACUGGAAAAAGCUGGAGGGCUCCAGGGAAUACAGGAACGGCAACGCACUCAGGGAAUACCAGCUAGAAGGCCUCAACUGGCUAACAUUCAACUGGUACAACUCACGUAACUGUAUCUUGGCCGAUGAGAUGGGUCUAGGAAAGACCAUCCAGUCCAUUACAUUCCUCUAUGAGAUGUACAUGAAGGGCAUCGAGGGGCCAUUCCUGGUCAUUGCCCCGCUCUCCACCAUCCCCAAUUGGGAGAGAGAGUUCAGGACCUGGACCGAGCUCAACGCGGUGGUCUACCACGGCAGCCAGGCCAGCCGCAAGACCAUCCAGGCCUACGAGAUGUACUACAGAGACGCACAGGGUAAGAUAAUAAAGGGAGUAUAUCGGUUCCACGCCGUGAUAACAACCUUUGAGAUGAUUCUGGCUGACUGUCCGGAGCUUCGCAGCGUGCCGUGGCGCUGCGUGGUGAUAGAUGAAGCCCACCGUCUCAAAAAUCGAAACUGCAAACUACUGGAAGGACUGAAAAUGAUGGACAUGGAGCACAAGGUCUUGUUGACAGGAACUCCUCUCCAGAACACUGUGGAGGAGCUUUUCAGCUUACUCAACUUCCUGGAGCCCGAGCGAUUCCCGUCUGAACAGAUAUUCAUGACUGAAUUUGGAGACCUCAAGACUGAAGAACAGGUCCAGAAACUUCAAGGCAUUUUAAAGCCCAUGAUGUUGCGAAGACUGAAGGAGGACGUGGAGAAGAACCUGGCCCCUAAGGAAGAGACCAUCAUAGAGGUGGAGCUCACCAACAUCCAGAAGAAAUACUAUCGGGCCAUUCUGGAGAAGAAUUUCUCCUUCCUGUCCAAAGGAGGUGCUGGAGCCAGCGGAGGCGGGGGAUCCAGUGUCCCCAACCUUCUCAACACCAUGAUGGAGCUGAGGAAAUGCUGCAACCACCCCUACCUCAUUAAUGGAGCGGAAGAAAAGAUUGCGGAGGAGUUUAGGGACUCCCACGGAGGGAGGGCAGACAUGCCAGACAUGGCCCUCCAAGCCAUGAUCCAGGCCGCUGGCAAGCUGGUGCUCAUUGACAAGCUGCUGCCCAAACUGAAGGCCGGCGGGCACAGAGUCCUGGUGUUCAGUCAGAUGGUCCGCUGUCUGGACAUCCUGGAGGACUACCUCAUCCAGAGACGGUAUCCCUAUGAACGUAUAGACGGCAGAGUGCGCGGUAACCUGCGGCAGGCAGCCAUCGACCGGUUCUCCCGACCGGACUCGGACCGCUUUGUCUUCCUGCUGUGUACAAGAGCUGGAGGGCUCGGCAUCAACCUGACUGCGGCAGAUACCUGCAUCAUCUUUGACUCUGACUGGAACCCUCAGAACGAUCUGCAGGCCCAGGCCAGGUGUCAUCGUAUCGGCCAGUCCAAGGCGGUCAAGAUCUACCGGCUGAUCACCAGGAACAGCUACGAGAGAGAGAUGUUCGACAAGGCCAGUCUGAAGCUGGGGCUCGACAAGGCCGUCCUCCAGAGCAUGAGUGGACGAGAGAACGCCAACAGCGGGGUCCAGCAGUUGUCCAAGAAGGAGAUCGAGGACCUGCUGAGGAAGGGAGCGUACGGCGCUCUAAUGGACGAAGAAGACGAAGGCUCAAAAUUCUGUGAAGAAGACAUCGACCAGAUUCUCCAGAGACGAACCCACACCAUCACCAUAGAGUCUGAGGGCAAGGGCUCUACCUUUGCAAAGGCCAGUUUUGUUGCAACGGGUAACCGAACAGACAUUUCUCUGGAGGAUCCGGACUUCUGGCAGAAAUGGGCCAAGAAGGCAGAGCUGGACAUGGACGCCAUCAAUGGACGGAACACGCUGGUGAUUGACACGCCAAGGGUGAGGAAGCAGACGCGGCACUACAGCAGCGUCAAAGAGGACGAGAUGAUGGAGUUCUCCGAGCUGGAGAGCGACGAGGACGAACCGAGCAAACCCUCAUCCAAACCACGCCGGCCCCAAGACAAAACCCAGGGCUACCCCAGAUCUGAGUGCUUCAGAGUGGAGAAGAACCUGCUGGUUUACGGUUGGGGUAGGUGGAGCGACAUCCUGGCUCAUGGCCGCUUCAAGCGUCCCCUGAAGGAGGCCGAUGUGGAAACGAUCUGUCGAGCCCUCCUGGCCUACUGCCUGCUGCAUUACCGCGGUGACGAGAAUAUCAAGAGUUUCAUCUGGGAUCUGAUCACCCCAAGCGCAGACGGGACCACGAAGACGCUGACCAACCACUCUGGUCUCUCGACCCCAGUCCCUCGGGGCAGGAAGGGCAAGAAGGGGAAGCCCCCGGCCCCACCUCCUCAGACUCCACGAGCUGAUUGGCUGGCCAGCUGCAAUCCCGACCACUUACUGCAAGAGGAUAGCUACAAGAGACACCUGAAACAUCACUGUAACAAGGUGUUGCUGAGGGUGAGGAUGCUGUAUUAUCUGCGACAGGAAGUCGUAGGCGACCAGGCCGAGCGCAUCCUGGAAGGAGCAGACUCCAGCGAGCUGGAUAUCUGGAUUCCCCAGCCGUUCCAUGCCGAGGUCCCGGUCGACUGGUGGGACAGCGAGGCCGACAAAUCCCUGCUCAUCGGCGUCUUCAAACACGGCUAUGAGAAGUACAACUCGAUGCGAGCUGACCCCGCCCUGUGUUUCUUGGAGAGGGUGGGCAUGCCGGACGCCAAGGCUAUGGCCGCUGAGCAGAGAGGCUCCGACAUGAUGGCAGAUGGCGCAGAGGGUGAGGAUGAGGAUCCAGAGUACAAGCCGCUGCGGAUGCCUUUUAAAGAUGACAUGGACGACUUCACCAACUCUCCACUGGAUGACAAAGAUGACACUGUGGAAGGUGAAGCUGAAGCUAAAUCGGGUGAAAACGGUCAAAGUGUGACUGCUGGGAGCGGCGCUUCAGGCUCCGUCGAGCGACUCUAUUGGCCAGCAGCCUCAGCCCUGACUGCCCGUCUGCGCCGCCUCAUCACGGCCUACCAGCGCUCCAACCGCAGAGAGCAGCUCCGCCAGGAGGCCCUCAACCGGCCUGAUGGUCGCAGACGACGACGCAGGGAGUUCCUGCCGUCCAUUGCCAUGGUUACUGACACAGGAGGUGGGGCAACUUACAUCCAAGAUGGGGCGGGGGUGUUCGUGACAGAAGGAAGCCCCUAUCUCGCUAAGGGAGGUGCUUACUUUGCCAAAGGUGGACAGUUCAUGCAGGAGGCGUCACCAGUAAUGACUGCCAGCUCCCUGAUGGCUGAUGGAGCCAUGUACUACAAGGAGAGAAGACAAAGGUGGACUCGUCGUGAGGAGGCUGAUUUCUACCGCGUAGUUUCCACCUUCGGAGUCGUCUUUGACACCCAGCGUCAGAAAUUUGAUUGGACACAGUUCAGGGCCUUCGCUCGACUGGACAAGAAAACUGACGAGAGCUUGGAGAAAUAUUACUACUCAUUCAUUGCCAUGUGCAAACGUGUCUGCAGGAUGCAGAUUAAGAAUGAUACAGAACUCCCAGACCCGACCCUGAUCAUCGACCCCAUCACAGAGGAGCGUGCCUCUCGCACCCUGUACCGCAUCGAGCUCCUCCGCCGCAUCCGAGAGCAGGUCCUCCCUCACCCGCUGAUCUCUGAGCGCCUCAAGCUCUGCCAGCCCUCCCCAGACCUCCCGGAGUGGUGGGAGUGUGGCCGCCAUGACCGGGACCUCCUCUUGGGGGCCUCUAAGCACGGCGUAAGCAGGACAGACUAUCACAUCUUAAACGACCCUACCUUGGCCUUUUUGGAGGCUCACCAGCGUUUCACCAGCCAGCGAGGGGCUGGCGUCGCAAUGAGCGCCCAGGGGGAGAUCACCAAAGCUGGGAUGGGAGCAGCGGAAAACCCCUCUGCACCACUCCUCACCCCUGCAGAGCUGGCGAGCGCUGCAGCUGCUGCCAAAGUUGAUGUUAAUGUAGCUAAAGAGGAGGAGGGCGAAGGGAAGGAGGUGAAGGCCGAGGAAGGGGAAGCAGAGGUGGCGGUGAAAAUGGAAACGGAGGGAGGAUACGCCAACGACAUUCCAUGUACCAAGACUGAAACUCCUGAUGAACAGAAGGAAAAUGAGGGAGAGGUCAGAGAAGAUGAGGUGAAGAAAGAGGAGCAGGUGAAGAAAGAGGAGGUCGCCCAGCCACAAGUAGAAAAAGAGGAGCAGAGUGGAGAAGGAGAGAAGACUCCCAAGGCAGCAGAUGACAAAGACUUAACAGAAGAGAGGAAGAGUUUGACUCUCGGGGGCCAGAAGGAGAUGACCGCCGAGCUCCCAGAACAUCCUGAGUCCUCUCCUAAAGCACAAGCUGACCGCAAGACUGCAGAGGAGGAAGACAGAGAGGAGAGGGAGAACCCAGAGUCCCCUAAAUCUCCAAAGUCAGCUGACACAGAGAAAAGCCCAGAGGAGGAAGAGGAAGAGAGGAUGGACGAAGACGACAAAUCAGAGAAGUCCUCUCAGGCUGAAGUGAGUGCUGCAUCAGAGCAGAAGAACUUCGAUGAGGAGAGCAUCGCGUCUCUGAGCACGUCGGCCCAAAACGAGACCAGAGAUGGGUUCUGCCCCGACGAUCUGGCGGAAACGUCAGCGCUGCAGGCCUUACAUGACCGCAACUACGGAUUCUCAUUCUGGCCUAAGGACCGAGUGAUGAUCAACAGGAUGGAUAACAUCUGCGAGGUCGUCCUGAAGGGCAAGUGGCCCGUCAACAGACGCCACAUCUUUGACUUCCCCAGCAACCUGAUGCCGGGGCACGUCUCCACCUUAACCGCCGCAGCCGUAGCCACGCCGGCCGAGGGGCCGCUGCAGAGGCGCAGCUUGGCCGAGCUGACGAUGGCCGGCAUGCAUUCGACAUACAGCGGGAGUGAAGAUAAAACAUCGCCGCAGGUUCAUGAGGACGCUCUGAGCCUGACGGUGCCUCGGCAGAGGAGGAGGAGGAGGAGAAAGAUCGAGAUCGAGGCGGAGAGGGCAGUCAAGAGACGCAACCUGAUGGAGAUGGUGGCUCAGCUGAGAGAAAGCCACGCUGCUGCGGAGUCCCAGAGCCAGGCUAUAGACCUCACCAAGGGUAUGCACCAUCACCACAAGGCCUCUCCCUCAUUGGCCAGCUUCCCCAGUGCCCUGGUGACAAGCCCCUCCCUCAAAGCCCAGAUGGAGUUGCUGCAGCAAGCCACGCCCUCCGGACACAGAUCCAAUGGUUCACUGGAGGCUGACCUGCCCAUCAUGAAGAGGAGGAGGGGCCGCAGGAAAAAUGUGGAGGGCCUGGAGCUGCUGUUCAUGGGCAACAAGAGAGCAGGAGGGGAUGAGGCUGAGGAGACCAAGGCUUCAGGUGUGGAGGCCGUUCGUGCCCACAGACCCCUCACUGUCCCGGAGCAGAGCCCCAGUGCCAGAUCUCUUGCCUCCGGCAGUCUGGAGGAGGAAGAACCAGCAGUUUCCAACAAGGAGCUGGGAGAGUGGCUGAGGCAGCACCCGACAUACACCAUGGACAUGGCUGGAUUUACACCAAAGAGCGAGGAGUUACUGCUGUCUCAGUUUUCUAAGCCCAAGCAGAAGCGCCAUCGCUGUCGAAACCCCAACAAGAUCGACAUCAACACCCUGACUGGAGAAGAGAGAGUGCCUGUGGUCAACAGACGCAACGGACGCAAGAUGGGUGGGGCCAUGGCGCCACCAAUGAAGGAGCUUCCCAGGUGGUUACUGGAGAACCCAGAGUUCUCCAUUGCCCCAGAUUGGACAGACAUUGUCAAACAGUCGGGUUUCCUCCCAGAAGCCAUGUUUGACCGCCUUCUGACCGGCCCUGUAGUCAGGGAGGAGGGCGUCCGUCGGCGGGGGAGGCGACCCAAAUCCGAGAUUGCCAAGGCAGCCGCCGCCGCCCAGGCAGCAGCGGCAGCUCAAGCUGCCCAGGCAUCACUGGUCAACGCUGCUUCCUCUGCAGGAGGCAUCAACCCUCUGCUGUUGAACAGUCUGUUUGGGGGGGUGGACCUGUCGUCCCUCCAGAGCCUCCAGUCUCUCCAGUUGGCUGCUGGUCUGAUGGCCUUCCCUGCGCCCACCGACUCCAAACAGGCUGCUGCCAACGCUGCCGCCGCCUCCAUGCUGCCCCUCAUGCUGCCCGGCAUGGGAGGCCUACCCAAUAUGGCCACCCUCCCCAACAUGUUCGGCUUAAGCGGGCUGUUUGGUGGUAACCUGGCGACGGCCUCAGCCGCCGCCGCCGCUGCAUCCAACUCCGCCAUCGCCGCCGCGUCAGGGAACACCAACGGAACGAUGGAGGGAGAGGGUGACGAGACGGGGACGACAAAGAGGAAGAGAGAGGGAGAAGAUAAAGAAGAUGGAGAAGACGGUGACGAGGUGGAAGAUGAUGAUGAGGAGGAGGAGGCUGAGGAGAAUGAGGAAGGAGUGAAGAAGGUGAAGAAGAGGAAGAAGGAGGAGAAAUCGGUGAAUGUCACUGGAGCGCCUCAGAUCCAAGCUGCUGAUUCGUCAGCGGAGGCAUCCGUCAACGGUGACGCAGCAGCCCUGUUGGCCGCAGCCGGCAUGUCCGCCAAUUCUCUGGCGUUUAACCCCUUCCUCCUCUCCACCAUGGCCCCCGGCCUCCUCUACCCCUCUAUGUUCCUACCUCCAGGCCUCGGGGGGCUCAGCCUGCCCGGGUUCCCCUCCGCCUCCACCCUGGCCGAGCUGCAGAGCGCCAUGGCCGGGGCGCUGGGCGGUAACGCCGUGACCACAAACCCCCCGAGAAACGAAGAGGAGAAGGCGGGGCUAAAAGCUACAGAAGAGGAGGAGGAGGAGGAAGACGAGGAGGGAGGUGGAGAGAGUGACUUGGCCGAGGAGAAGGAGGGCGGAGCGGAGGAGGACACGAGAGGCGAGGAUUCAGCCCUGGAGGAUGGAGGGAUGGGAGGAGAGGAGGAGGAGGCGGCGGCGGCGUCUCCACAGAAGAGUGACUGAAAUCAAACUGACUGGCCUUGGACAUUUCCUCACCUCCGACCUCCCCUUUUCCUCCCCCCUCCUCGCCACGUUUACACGCCUCCACUAGAAGUAUCCAAACUAUUAUGAAUCCUGUUUUCUUUUUUUCCUUUACAUUGUUGAUGAUUUCUCUCACUCUUUGUUGUUUAUUUUUUUUUUCGGCCAGGUGUAUUUACUCUGCGUCAGAGAGGACGAGGUGUGUGUGUGUGUGUGUGUUAAGUUAAAUCUCUCUGAUCGAUAGUGUAGUCAGGGAAAACCCUCACGGCCGCUCGCUUAGAGCUCGGCUCCUCCUUCAAAAAGACUGUUUUCUUUCUAUCCGGUCGGCCUGUGUGCGCCGAACGGUUCACACACGCUUUUCUCCCACAAUCCUUCAAACAGGACUUCACAAUAUUCCAAUAGUGCUAUAAUUAUUAUUAUUAUUGCUGAUUUCAGCUCUCAAAUCUUUACUUUCUGCUUUCUUCUUCUUCUGGACUGUUGUUGUUGUUGUUGUUGGCAGCAUCUCAUCAAAAAGAGGAGAAACGCCCGCUGGUGGCGCUUUUUCUGACAUCAGUUCUCAAAAACAGCAUUACAGCUUCACCCGGCUGUCUGCCUGACAAAGCUGCUGCAAAAAGGAAUUGUGGGUAAUGGAGUUGAUUGAGCUGUUCUGUUUCAGAGCAGAUUUUUAUUUUUUUUUUUCUUUAGUUCACACAUAUCAGACCAGGUAGACUCUGAGGAGAAAAAUGAAACCAGACUGACCUAUAAACUCAGUCUCACACACUGACUUAACCACGACACACGCAUAUCCCAACACUUGAUCAUUAGCUGCACACACACACAUUCAGAUGUCCACCACUACACACACACACUAACCCCCCCAAACCCUCUCUGCUAUGUGACUGUUUCUGGGAGGACUCGUCCCUGCAGCUGUGUUUAUUUUAUUUUUUAUUUUUUUUGAGUGUACGUGUGUGCUCGUGCGUGUGUGCGUGCACGCCGAACCAAUACUGUUAAAACCCAGUCCCACACUGUUUGAAUGCCAGUCUUGAGUCUUUCCACUGCCACAUCUGAAUCCUGUGUGUCUCUCUCUUUUCGGGGCCGGCUGGUAUUGCGCUCAGGAGUGGCAGGCGGGCUGGGUCUGCCACCGAUCAGGGCUUCUGAUUGGUCCGCUUCAUGCUGCCGAAACCAGCUGUCCCCGUUGGGAGGUUUCUGUGAAUGGAUUUGGAUCGGUGGUCCACACAGGGAUGUGAUGUUUCAGGUUUAUUCUUUAAAGGGGCACAUGAGAUGGUUGAUUUUCCCGGUCGCUGCCACAUUAAAAUCCUAUUUUUGAAUUUUUUUUCUUUUCUCCUCAUCACCCGGUAGUUUCAGACCAAGUGCUGCUCCCUAGUGACCUUCUCUCUUUAAAGACUGUUUCUCUAGUCACACACACUGACACCAGGCCUGGCCAAAACAGGACUGAGACACAGUUGGAAAUUCACAAGUUUUCUACAUGAAGUUCAACUCCGGUCGCUGAGUAAGUUUUUAAAUACUUGAAAAGGACGAGUGGUGCUUGAUUUUGUUUCCAUUUUCCGAGGCCAGUUCAAGUGUCGGAGAUAAAUCAAGCGCUGCAAGUGGUUCAAGUAUUUGAAAGUACAUUCAAACACACUGUGUGGCCAGGUCUUAUUAACGUUUGCUAUCACAGCCAGCCCAGCAGAUGCGGAGCGAGAGAACUGGGACGACGGGGAUCAGUUUAGGCUCUUUUUGGAAGACGCCGUCCCCGUUAAAGACCCUCGUUCUCCCCUCUAAUGCUGAGACAGCAAUAACCAAGGCAGCUUUUGAAUGUUCCAGUAUCACUCUCCCAACACAAACACACACACACACUAUGAAUAACCACAAGUGUCGUAUGAAUAGAAAAACAAAACUAAACUGUAAAUGAUGACAAAUAAGUACUGCAAUCAAUUUUGUCUCACUCUGUUCCUGUUGAUGCACUGGUGUUAAAGAGUUAAAAUAAUCAGGUACCUUUAUUACUUAGCUACUCUUCUUGAAAAUGGACUUUUUGUUACUUUUAGCCAGCAAGCUGAAGAGCAUUACCUCAAAAUUCUUAUCUAGCCUUGAAGUUUACAGACAUACCAUGUAAAUGUUUUUUUUUUUUCCUUUUUUUUUUUUUUUUUUUGGUGUUUGUCGUUUUUGUUUUUUGGAGACAUCAUGUAUGAUGAAUUGUAGCUAUGAUGCUUUUAAUAAAAGUGAAUCAUGAUAUUCGCCUAGGAAACCAAA